AGCGUGUAUUGGUUUGCCACCUCAAAAUGAUAUGUUGUUAGAAUACAAAGCUCCGGUAUAUGGACCUUCUAAUGGUAUUAGUACUAAUGAUACCAAUGGUGUUGCUAAUGGUAUUAGUACUAAUGGAACCGGUAACGAUGAUAAAGAAAUUAGAAUUAUAAAAAAA